AUGCCAAUGGUUCGGCCAUGGGAGGGUCUGCGAGAGCUAUGCCACAAGUAUGGCGACAUUUUAGGCAUGACGAUAAUGGGCAGUCCGGUGGUGGUCCUCAACUCCGCCAACGAUAUCUCCCAGUAUCUAGACGGCCACUCGGCCACCACGUCAAGUAGGCCACGCUCGGCAAGCCAGGAGCUUCUCGACUUGACCGGACUAUUCGCGUUCAUGCCGUACGGGCCCGAGUGGAGGCUGCAUCGACGCACGAUGUGGCAGUACUUCACCCCCACUGCAGUCACGAAGUACAUCCCCGCAAUACAGACGUCGUCGCGUAUAACCCUCCACAAGCUUCUUGAGGCUCCGGACCGGUUCGAAGAACACUUCCAAGAUUCGGUCGGCGCGACGCUGAUGAAGGUCGUAUACGGCCUUGACGCCAAAUACGAAAACGACGAGAGUCUCAUGACGAUCGACAAAGGGCUCGAAUCGGGCCGCGAGUCCCUCGUCCCGGGAAGAUUCCUCGUGGACGUCAUCCCCAUCCUCCGUUUCCUGCCCCCCUUCUUCCCUUCUCAAAAGCGCUUUUCACGACUCCGCGAGCAGACGGCCCGCAUGUACGAUAUGCCUUACUCCCUUCACAAAGCGGCCGCGAUGCGUGGAGACAUGGGUGACUGCAUCCUGUCGGAUAUGCUCUCCCAGUUCACGAGCAAGCCGGACGACAACAUCUAUGAUCCAACGGUCAACCCCGUAGGCGAUAGGGUGGCGAGAGGUGUCACUGCAGUCACCUUUGCGGCGGGAUCAGACACAACUUGCGCGGUCCUUAAGACAUUUGUCCUUGCAAUGUCUCUCAACCCCGACGUCCUCAAACGCGCCCACGCCGAGACAGAUGCGGUCGUUGGACCGACGCGCCUCCCAGACCUCGAAGACCGUGACGCUUUGCCGUACGUGUACGCGAUGUACCUUGAAACCCUCCGCUGGAUGCAGGUGGUUCCACUGGGCCUCGCCCACAACACAACCGAAGACGAGCAGUUCGGGGACUACUUUGUGCCCGCCGGCACAAUGAUUCUAGCCAACAUCUGGGCAUGCAUGCACGACCCAAACACGUACCACGAGCCGGCGUCCUUCGCCCCAGAGAGGUUCCUGCGCGACGGAAAGCUAGAUCCCGAAGUCAGGAACCCGAACGACUUCGUGUUCGGUUUCGGAAGACGCAUCUGCCCCGGGAGACACUACGCCGAGAGCGACAUCUUCCUCACCAUGGCGCACAUCAUCCACGUCUUCGACAUCCGCCCGCCCGUGGACGAGGACGGGCGCGAGGUCGCGAUCGAGCCGAGGAUGGUCAACGGCUUCGUUUCGUGGCCGGAGGACUGCCGGUGCAGGAUCACGCCGCGGACGCCCCACGCCGCCACGCUGAUCGUGGACGAGUUCGCGCAGCGGCUCAAUCAAGGCUGA